AUGAAUUCAGUACUUAAAAGACAGCAUCACCCACACCCUCCAUCUCCGCCGCCGCUUCAUCUUGAGUCCUCCGAUCGAGGCGAUGUGAGGAUCUCUUCAUCGCGCGGGCUCCCCGACGACGUGAAGCCCCGAGAGAUCCACAACCUCUUCAGGGAGUUCCCAGGAUUCAAGUCCUCUCAGCUCCGGAGCGCCGUCUCCACCCGCGCAUAUGCAUUUGCCGUUUUUGCUGAUCAACAAUCUGCAGUCACUGCAAUGCAAUCCUUGAAUGGGCUGGUUUUUGACAUUGAGAAUGAAUCAAUUCUGCAUGUUGAUUUUGCUAAGGCCAAUUCUAGAUCUAAACGCUUGAGAAGUGAUACCAGUGUCCCUUACUCUCCUGAUAAAAGAAUUAGGGAAACUGUUGCAUAUUCAAGGAGUUAUCUCGAUUCAGGAGUUGGAAGCAAUAUUCACAUGCCUGGAAUGGGUAAUUCUGCUUACAGCACAAAAGGUUAUCCUUCUACACAAAGUCAACCAAUCUAUGACUAUGGAACAGACGCAAACAAGCCAUUGAAUAUUUCUUCAUCAAAUUAUAUUCCUCAGAAUACAAACCCCUGUUCAACACUGUUCGUUGCCAACCUGGGUCCAACUUGUUCGGAGCAGGAGCUAACUGAAGUAUUUUCAAGAUGCCCAGGGUUCUUAAAAUUAAAGUUGCAGAGGAAAAAAGGGCUACCUGUUGCCUUUGUUGACUUCAAGGAUGUGCCCUCUUCGACUGGAGCCUUGAAUCAUCUUCAGGGAACCAUCCUAUACUCAUCAGUUGGAGAAGGCAUGCACUUGGAGUAUGCAAAAUCACAAAUGGGCCAACCGGGACGUGACAAAAGAGCAUAGAUCAGCUGCUACUGCACUUGGAGAGCACUGCCCCAAUACCCUUACUAUAUUUCCCUUCUACUUGGGUCGUGGCUUGUUGUUUAGAGUUUACUUACGAAUAUAUAAGACUUGGGGAAGGUAGAGAGGUAUGCAAUGAACUAAUGAUCUUCAUACUUCUCAGUUUCUUUUUUAAUUGCUUUGGAUAAUGAUGGAAAUUUAUAUUUAUCUUUCUUUAGUACGGAUGGUGUGGUUUGGACAAAUUUUAUCUAGUUAUCUAUGCUCAAAAGCCUUUUGAAAUCA